AUGACAUAUAGGCUGGAUGGCAUUGGUGAAUGUUUGCCUGGACGGAAUGUAUUACCUGCAGAGGUUGGUGGCUUCCCUGUUGUGUUGUAUGAUGAAAGUGUGGUUGUUAAUGAACUCAAUGUAGAGGGAGUGGUGGAGAAGGUGAAAGGCAGAAGAUUACUGAGUGCGGAUUGGGCAUAUUUGAUUAAGGAUAACGAGACAACGAGAGUUACAGCGGAGUGUCAUUUCAAAAAUGCUAGCCAAUGUUCGUGGAGGAUACAUGCAUCUGUGGAUAAAUCAAAUGAUUACUGCUAUAUUCGGUCGUACAAUAAACAUCAUCAAUGUGGAAUGUUUUUUGGAACAACUAGUAAGAGAAGAUUGAAUUCAGUUGUCAUCAUUGACCUGAUUGAAAACGACAUACGUGCAAUGCCGGCUAUAACCCCAUGUGAAAUUCAGAGCCAAGUGAAGGAUAAAUUUGGUAUUGACAUAAGCUAUUGGGUUGCGUGGAGGGCUACUGAUGCGGGAAGAAAAAGGAUUUUUGGGGACGAGACUUCUUCAUAUUCGUACCUUCCAUCUUAUUUCGAUGAAACGGGGAAGACAAAUCCUGGUAGUAUCUUUCAUCUUGAUGUUGAGCGUGUUUGGAUGGAUUCAAGUUUUGUCGUCCUGUUGUCAUGCGUUGUCAUGCUGGAUGGCACGUUUUUUAAAGGUAGAUACAAGGGAGUGUUGCUUAGUGCAGUGGGUAAAGAUGUUGAUGAAGGUUUGUUUCCUAUUGCAUUUGCAAUUGUAAGUGAGGAAACUGAUUCGAAUUGGGCUUGGUUUUUGAGUCAUUUUAAGGACGCUAUUGGAAAUGAUAUGACGCUCAAUUUUAACAAAUUGAAAUACAGGUUUAGGGGUGUUCCAGCGGGCUUUCGUGAGACGGUGUUGCAACAAUUUGCGGCAUGUGCUUAUGCGACAACUAAGGAAGAAUUUGAUCGAUGUAUUGACAAGCUGAAGACUACUGGUGGGACGAAAGUUUGCAAUUUCUUAGAUGAUCUUCCCAAAGAGAAGUGGUCUAAUGUUUACUGCGAGGGUCAUAGGUAUGGACAGAUGACUUCUAAUGGAUGUGAGUCGUGGAAUCGUCAAAUAAAGAAGCAACGUCACUUGCCGAUAACUAGUCUGAUUGAUGGCAUAAGGUUGUUGUUAAUGACGCAACUGUGUAAAAGGCUAUGUGAUGGCAAUAAAUGGACGACUGUGUUGUGUGAAAAGACCGAGAAGAGAUCGAAGGAGGCUGUUGACAAGGGGCGAUCAUGGAUAUGCAAAAGAUCGUCUAUGCAGGUCUUCGAAGUUUUUUCGUCGCCAAAUGAUGUUGUUGAUCUUGGAGAAAGGACCUGCUCUUGUAGGUUAUGGAAAAUCAAUGGGUUUCCAUGCGCACAUCCUGCUGCUGUUAUCUUCGUUGAACUUCGUUGCGGACUUGCUGCGUAUGAUUAUAUUGAUAGAUGGUACCAUAGAUCAACAUUCAAGGAGAGUUAUUCGGGUUCAAUUAUACCAUUUGUGAGACAAGUUUCAGAUCUUGAUGUUGCUGUAAUUGGACCACCUGAAGUUAAACCAACACGUGGUUGCCCAAAGAGGAAAAGGAUUCCAUCGCAGGGCUGCAACAUGUGUUGGUUUUGUUUGUAUGUCGAGAAUAAUGGGUCGCCCCAAGUUCGUAAUAAUAAUGAAGGUAUUGUUUCUGGUGAUGCUAGAACAGGGGGUGGGGGUGAACUAGUUAGAGCCGUUGACACCACUGGAAGCGAGGAAUUGAAUGCAGGCAUUGCGCAGUUGUCCGACGAAGAAAUGGAUUGCAUUCCUGAUGAUAGCGACGAGGACAUAAACUCAAUGAAUUCAAUUGAUUCCGAUGGUUGUUAUUUUCCAAACCCCCCUAAGAAUUGA